GGGCGGGCCGUGCUUGAGGCGCGCGCGCACUGUCUCACACGCGAGCAUCCCGGGGUAUUUAAGGCUCGCACACGCGAGGCUGCGGAGCUACUUCUGGGGCCUCGCGGCUCUCGAUUGCUGCUUGGGUCGUUCGGUUCUCCUCUCUCCACUAUUCCUCUGCCACCCCACGAGGGCCGCGCUUUCGUCGCGUCCCUCUGCAUUUCUUUUUCUUUUUGGCCUUGAACUGAUUGAUCUAGGUGGGAGACAGGUCGACGUGUGGAAAGCCCGGAAUAGGUAGAGAUAGGCAGACAGACGCAACAGGUCGGAGCAGGGAGAGGGGCCCGUGGAUCCUGCGCCUCCGCGCGGGGGACCACUAAGGAGGUGCCGGAUCUUGGAGGGUCAGAAGAGCUACCCUGGUGGGUUUGACUUCGGCUGUGAUCCCCGGCGCCACACAGCCCCCGGCCGGAGGGUGCUUUUCACUCCCGGCUGGAAGGGGAGAAAGAAUCAGGAGGAUGGUCCAUGCUUGCUGAUCCCGACACCGAGUCAAGCUCAGGUCCAUCUCCGAGCCGGGGCUCUGACUCCACCAACUAGUUGUGCAGCGGCAGGGACUGAACUUUGGAGAAACCGGCCCUUCCUCUCCUAAGAUUAUUGGAGUGGGUAGAAGGUGGACGGCGUAGCUGAGGCCGGCGACUCCGCCACGAUGUUGGUGAAGAAGCUUGCAGGGAAAGGAGGGGGACGAGAACCUGCAUCAGAAGAUCCGCGCCCCCUGGGACAGCGUUGUGCAGGCACCAUGGCCUCGUGCGCAGCCCUGGCGACCCUCCUGUCAGUGGUUGCUGUGGUGUUUUGUUUGUAUCUUGGGGUGAAAACCAACGACCUCCAGGCGAGGAUUGCCGCUCUUGAAUCUGCUAAAGGGACCCCUUCCUUUCGUCCCCUGCCGGACACCCUGGAUGAGCUGAAGGCUAUGGUUCAGGAGAAAGUGGAGCGUCUCUUGGCUCAGAAAUCCUAUGAACAUAUGGCUAAAAUAAGAAUCGCAAGAGAGGCACCUUCAGAGUGCAACUGCCCAGCAGGUCCUCCAGGGAAACGAGGGAAGAGAGGUCGAAGAGGAGAGUCUGGUCCUCCUGGUCAGCCUGGCCCCCAGGGUCCCCCUGGUCCAAAAGGUGAUAAGGGAGAACAAGGUGAUCAAGGGCCUCGGAUGGUGUUUCCUAAAAUCAAUCAUGGCUUUCUCUCUGCUGAUCAGCAGCUCAUUAAACGCCGGCUGAUUAAGGGUGAUCAAGGACAGGCUGGGCCUCCAGGACCCCCAGGCCCUCCUGGUCCAAGAGGCCCACCUGGGGACACAGGGAAGGAUGGCCCCCGAGGAAUGCCAGGAGUGCCUGGUGAACCAGGGAAACCAGGAGAGCAAGGCUUGAUGGGACCUCUGGGGCCUCCAGGACAAAAGGGUUCCAUUGGAGCACCUGGGACCCCAGGAAUGAAUGGGCAAAAGGGUGAGCCUGGAUCACCUGGAGAAGCAGGGCAAAGUGGACUACCAGGACCAAAGGGGGAACCUGGAAAAGAAGGAGAAAAGGGAGAUGCUGGAGAGAAUGGUCCCAAAGGCGAUGCAGGAGAAAAGGGUGACCCUGGAUCAUCUGCUGCAGGAAUUAAGGGAGAACCUGGAGAAUCUGGCCGUCCGGGACAAAAGGGUGAGCCAGGGCUGCCUGGACUACCUGGACUCCCGGGGAUCAAGGGAGAACCAGGCUUCAUUGGUCCUCAAGGAGAGCCGGGCUUACCAGGGUUACCAGGAACAAAAGGUGAACGUGGAGAGGCAGGGCCUCCUGGAAGAGGUGAACGAGGGGAUCCUGGAGCCCCAGGACCAAAGGGGAAACAAGGUGAAUCAGGAGCUAGAGGCCCAAAGGGGUCAAAGGGUGAUCGUGGAGACAAAGGGGACUCUGGAGCUAUGGGACCACGGGGUCCACCUGGGCAAAAGGGAGAUCCAGGAGCUACCGAGAUCAUAGACUACAAUGGCAACCUCCACGAGGCCUUACAGAGGAUUACUACCUUAACUGUCACGGGCCCCCCUGGACCUCCUGGACCUCAAGGACUACAAGGGCCAAAGGGUGAGCAAGGAUCUCCAGGAAUUCCAGGAGUUGAUGGAGAACAGGGACUCAAAGGCUCAAAGGGUGAUGUGGGGGACCCAGGUAUGCCAGGUGAAAAAGGAGGAAUUGGACUUCCUGGAUUGCCGGGUGCCAAUGGAGUGAAAGGAGAAAAAGGAGACUCUGGCUUGCCGGGUCCUCAGGGUCCUUCUAUCAUAGGCCCGCCAGGCCCGCCAGGUCCCCAUGGCCCACCUGGCCCCAUGGGACCCCAUGGACUUCCUGGACCAAAGGGUGAACCAGGGUUAAAUGGUGUUAAAGGAUUGAAGGGUGAACCAGGUCAAAAGGGUGACAGAGGACCCCUUGGUCUUCCAGGAGCAUCUGGCUUAGACGGAAAGCCAGGAUCCCGGGGUGCAGAUGGUCCUAUAGGACCCCAUGGCCCUGCAGGUCCCAAAGGAGAAAGAGGAGAGAAAGGAGCUGUGGGAGAACCUGGACCCAGAGGGCCCUAUGGGCUGCCUGGCAAAGAUGGAGAGCCUGGUCUUGAUGGCUUCCCUGGUCCUCGAGGAGAGAAGGGUGACCUGGGAGAAAAGGGAGAAAAGGGAUUCCGUGGCGUUAAGGGGGAAAAGGGGGAGCCAGGCCAGCCUGGCCUGGAUGGGCUGGAUGCCCCUUGCCAAUUGGGACCUGAUGGAUUACCCAUGCCUGGCUGCUGGCAAAAGUGAUGAAUCUAACCUUCCAAGCAUGAAGUUGUGUAUAUAAUGGUCCACCUUUUAUAUUUAUAGUUGAAAAAUUGAACUGCAGAUUUUGCAAGUGUGGAGUCUGCUCACUGGCACUGUUUCUCCCUGCUCACAGUAGCACAGACGCCAUCUUUUCUCACGGGUGAAAUUAGGCAGUUUACGGAAGUGAGGAGCCUGCGGGGAAAUAGAGAUCAGUGUCUAUUUUAUGUGGAUAUAUGUAUUUAUAUGGACAUCAGUGAUAAAGAACGAUUGCUCUCGCUAUUUUCUUAUUUGGGGCUUGCUAACUGCAUGGACCAAAAGUGCCAUGAAAUAGUUUACAUGAAAUUGUGACCAAAUAUGGACUCAAAAGCUAUGACCAUGUAGCACACGUUCCCUAGUAGCAUUCAUUCAUGCCCACACCACCCACUGAAACUAAUUAAAAGCCGCAUGACCUUGUGCCAACCCUGCUUGUGCAAAUGCAGAUGCUUGCAUGCUGCCUCAGAAGUUCUUUGACUACAUCUGAGCUUUUGUUCCUUUUGUCAUCUCAAGGGGGUUACACCGUGGCUUAUUGCCAAAAAAAGAUAAGUUGACGGAGAGCACACACACAGUUGGUCUUAUAUUUUGAGGGAGUUGCAGUCCCGACUGCAGAUCCACAGCUCCUAACAAUGUGGGCUCCUGUGAACCACCUCGGUUGAAAUACCAAAGGGUUGAGCCGAUUACCGCCACUUGUUUUCCUUGGGCUGCGCUUGGCAGUGAAGACGCCUGAAGAGGACCGGUUCCGCAUCCUGCACUGUCUUUCGUGUGACCAAGUUGGAAGGAGGUUUAUAACCAUGAACACCCAUAAGAGCAGGAAUUGUUUUUCUAGAAGAACUGACUUCCCACGGGUGUUGAUCUGGGUGCUUUGGGAAAAUGUCAGAGGUAAUAUCGCAGCAGUGUUUUGGAGACAGCAGAGCCUUGGAAUGGAGGCCCCUGUUUGUGCAGAUUGAAAGAUGCAGACACCAUCCCAUCAGAGCUCAGGUUGCUGAAGAGAGAACUUGUCCCAAGAAGGGUCAAACAGAAUAAGUUGUGCUACAAAUUCAGGGGAGUUAGUGCAAACCCUACCAAAGGUGGCCAGAAAGCGUCCCUUUCUCCCUUCUGGGGUUGACCCACAACAAACUUUUUUUUUCUACAAGUUCUAGAAAAGAAACGUAGUUUCUAUUCUUUCUCAUACUUUUUAUUUUCUUAGUCAAGGAACAGAAACUGCUUCAGUUUGGGUCUCAUAGGCUUUUAAAGAAUAUUUAAGUUUUCAAACCAUGAUAAUUUAAAUCCAAUGGUAAAAAUAAUCUUUUAACGUCUCCUUUUUUUGUUUGUUUGUUUGUUUGAAAUAAUUGAAGAGAUUAUGGGGAGACUUCUUUUUUUUUGCUUAAUCAUUAUGAAAUAUGAAGAUUAAGCAUUUUUCACUACUUUUUGAUUUACAUUGACUAAUUUACCUGUCAGUUAUUGUAAAGAUUUUAUCACAUUUUUAUAGCAUGAACUUGAUUCUUCUACAUUUUUCCUACAUUGAAGUUUAUUUCUCCAGUUUUGCUUUUACAUUUCUAAGUGUUUGUCUUAUGCGCAGACCAAAUCUGAGAUCUCAGAAAGCCCUGAAAUACAGUUGCUAGAGAAAGAGUCUUGUUUUCACUAACUUGCUCAAAACAUACCUACACAGACUGAAUGGGCAUUUCUCUGCCGAGUUUGUGGCAUGUUUUGAAAUGAUUUAUUUUAAGAUGGAAGAAGCUCCAUCUGUGGAGUGGCAAUCCUAGCAGCCCAUUAGAGCAUGUUAUUUCCCUCUGUGAUUAAAUGUCAUUUUUAUGGGAACAUUUCUAGUUUGGUACUUGGAUUUCCACCACCAGUGGGGAAAUUAAUUCAUGCUUAGGAUUACAACAAUGAAGAUACAAUUUCAAAACAGAUCUUAAGAUGUCUUUCAUAGCAUGUAACCAAAUGUUCAGUCACACAAAAUGAUGUCAUCUUUUUUUGUUAUGUCAUUUCUGAGAUUAGAAUUUCUAACAACAUUCCACACUUCUAAGCCACUUUAGCAUUUAUGGGUUUGUUUUGGGUUUUUUUGGGGGGGUGGGGUGUGGAGAGUAUUUUCUAACAAUUUCUUGUAUGAUGUGGUUAGGGUAAGAUAUUUCUCAAUAUAUGAAAGAAAUUGUCUUAAAUCAUUUGGGAGACAAAAAUGAGCCCAAGAUUACACAUUAUCUUGAGGAACAAAAAACAAAGCCACUAUAGAAUCUUGAAGACACUCUGGUGACUAUUUCCUCCUAUCUUCCUUUCAUCUCUCCAUUAGAAAGAGGUAUUGAGAAGGAUCAUGAUUUAAAAUUUAGAGGGAUUCAAAUGAGACUAGCUCAACAACAAAAGCAUCACUAACGCACUGGACAUGUCCCUGUAAAGAAUACUGCACGGACUGUGUGUGCACUGGGGUUCUGCUCGUGAGACACGUUUAAAGAACUGUGUAGACGUCUAUUUCAUGUACUUCCUCGGAACAGACAACGGGAGGAUGGUGGUCAUCUGCGCUCAGUGGAUUGCUAGGUUAACUUCCAGGAGUUAACCGUAAAUGUUGGACUAUUGAAGCGUCUUUAAUCAUCCAUUUUGUCAGCGAACUGAAUAAUUUUCAAAGGAAUCAAUAACAGAUUGCCAUUGUUGAUGCAUGUGUUUAUAGAUAGCAUUCUUUUUCAUAAAGAUUUCUUUAGGAGAAUUAAGGAUAAAAGGUAUGGAACACCCACUGGAAACAUGUCAAGGUCAGGUUUUACUUCAGAGACAGCAAAUGUCUCUAAAGGAUGCCAUUGUUGUCUUGUCACUUAACAUUGUUUUCCAUUAGCCUUGGUUGCUGCUGGUAAAUAUUCUUCCUUUUUAUCUCUGGACAGUGGACCUCUACUGUGGGUAACUUCGUUCCUCUGUUUAAUGGCAUUCCUAAGCUGUUAUUGUGUGGUUUCAUUUUUGAAGAUCAUGAAACUGUUGUAAAUGUAGCUCAGUGACCAGCCUUUCCUAAUAUAGAAAAGUGCUUUGUGGUCCCCUUAUUCUGUGUUCUUUUUAAUAUACCAUAUGCCUUUAUCAGUUUUCAUUUACCUUCUUUUUGGAGCUCACUCACCUUUCAGCUGACAAGCAUAUGGGAAGCUUGAUGCAGCCAGUGUUAGAGAAGUCUACAUAUGACAUGUGGGGUACCGGUACAUAAGUAUGCCUGAAUCCCUCCCCCAGCUUUCCUUUUCCAAUAUCCAAUGCAGCCUUGGAGGUUUUUCCUUUAGGCUGUUAUUCUAUGAAGAAUAUUGGAAUGUCUCCAACUCCUACCAAUAGAAAGUUCUUGGUUUGGGAUUUACACUCUGUGCAUUUGAUUGUUAGUGGGGCAGUUUGCAUACGUGUACUUUGUGUAUGUAUCUGCUAGCUUAAGGAAAUGGUCGGAUCACCACUCUGCACCUAUGGAAAACCAUCCUUGUUACUUUUGUCACUUAGGAAAUGUACCUAUUUUCCAAGUAUUCUUUAAAAAUAUUGAUAGUAAAGCAUUAAAAUUAACAUUUAACUCCCACUAUAUUUUUCUGAUAGUGGUUCAGCAUCUUCUCGAAAGUGGUUAUUAUCAGAAGUUUAGAUGCUGACAUCUGAAACCUUGAUUCUCUUCCUUUCUUGAUAUUUGGAUUAUUUUCAUGUUUAAUGACACAAAAACAUAGAAUUUAAUAAUUUUUACAAAAAAAAGCCCUAUUAUCUCAUAAAGUUCACUGGAUGGAGCUGUGUUACUUGUGGUUGGCCAGUUGUACUUCUGUGUUAGGAUACAAAGGUCCUCUGCCCCCACUUCUGUUCUCCUAACACAUCUUCCCACCCAGAGAUACUCCUCUAACUUAGAUUGGUGGUGAAUUUACUUAGCGUUUUGGUUACUUCAGUAGUAACAAACAUUUCAAUAGCUUUUUUUUUCACUAAAAUAGAUUUACAUGCAUAAGCUGCCUACUCUGCUGAUUAGCAGACUAUCUUGGAGAUAGGAGGAUGGCCCUUGUUAUGCUUGAUUUCUUGACAA